AAUGUGACCAUUUGGUCUAAUACACUCCCUCACAUGUAUUACGUGUUCUUUUUAUUUUGAUAGCGCCAAACCGGAAGUGGAGUGUGUAUUUCCUUUCUGAUGUGACAGUGUGAGCCCGUGUCUCUUGGUUGAGAUGUCCUGUUAGCUAACAUCGCGGCGGACGCUUAUCGGUCAGCUGAGCUGCGUGUCAUGGCUCCUGUGUGGUGGUGAACAUGGACAACACCAUUAACUCUGAGUUCACAGGCAGGAUGUGUGACGGGACUCUGGACUACUUGUUGAGUCGGAGGCAGAUAAAGCGGAGGGACGGUGCUGAGGUGAGAUGGUGUCACGCAGUGAACAGCAGGAGCAGACUGCACGAGGCGGUGACAGGUCCCACACAUAUGAUUGAGGCAGACAUAAUCAUGAGAGGUCGUGACCCCAAAGAGCCAAUCAUGGCACACCCCCCUGACACAGACAGCGACAUCACACUGAAGGAGUGGCUGGAAGCAGUGAAAGAGCACCAGAUGGGAAUAAAACUCGACUUUAAGAGCCUGGAGGCAGUGUCUCCAUCUGUGGCUCUGCUGGAGAAAGUGCUGCCUGACCUGAGCUGUCCUUUGUGGAUCAAUGCAGAUAUUGUCUCUGGUCCUGGUGGACGGGCCACACCUCUUGACCCUCACGCAUUUCUUUCUGCCCUGACAACUCUCCCCACUCAAGCUGUGCUGUCCCUCGGCUGGACGACAGGAUGGACUGCUGGUACAGACAACCCAGGAUACAGCUGGGAUAUGGUGCAUGGGAUUGAGGAUAUAUGUAGAUCCCUGAAACAUCCAGUCACCUUCCCAGUACGUGCAGCUCUCCUGGCCCAGUCGUUCUCUCAGCUCACAUGGCUGCUGCAGCAGUCUGACAGGUACAGUCUAACUGUGUGGACCAGCCAGAGUGACAUAUUUUCACCACAGGACUUACUGCCCUACAGAAAAAACGUUGACAUCAGUAGGAUCUACUAUGACCUGCCUGACUGUCAAAGGACAGAGCUCAGCCUGACAGGAGGAGACAAUUUCUUAGAAUAACUUCACUGCAAACCAAGUUGUUUUCAGAAUUCUGACAGACGACUGAUGCCCCCAGGUGACUUAUUGCUAAUGUAACGUUGAUCUUCUGGUUAGUGGACAACCCGCUCUACUUCCUGAACCAGAGCUGCCUGUAGCAGUAGUGUUUCACUGUUGUAGUUGAUUUAAUGCCUUGAUACUUUUUAUCAAAGUGUUUCAAAUGUAGAUUUAUCAUACUUAACAUAUAUCAUUGAGCCCUAAACAAUGAGGUAAGUAAAUAAGUCCACCAAAUACUGUAUUUGUAUUGUAUCACAUCUGGUUAAUUCAGACUUAAGGAAUGCACUCAGAAUUUGAGUAGUUCAGAUAAUCCACUCACUAUACAUUGUAGUGAACAAUGACAAUGUAAAUGGUAUUUGUCCUCUAACUGGUGUCAGUGAGCUGGAGGUAAGUAUUAGCUUGGAUGAUCUGUGGUGAGCAAGGAUUGGUCAGAUGAUCUUCUAUCCAACUGUGAGGUUGAAGACAUUAGCAGAUGUUAACAGCAUUGUUUUUACAGUGUAUGGAUGUGAGAUGGAGCCUGGAACAAUCCUCUUUUAAUAAAAUAUUUACUCAA